AUGGAUGUAUCAUUAGAUGACUUUAUAAAGGAGAAGAGGGCUGCUGCCAAAGCAUCAAAGCUAUCCUUAUCCUCUUCAUCAUCAUCAAUAUCAUCAUCCAUAAUAAAGAAGAAGACAACAACUGAAAUGAUAGGUCAAAGCUUAGAUGAAGUAAUAAGAGCAAAGAGAGCAAAGAGGAGUGAUCAUCAUCAUCGCAAUAACAACAUCAACAUCAAUAUCAAUAACAAAAGUAACAUAAGUAAACAUACAAAGUACGAUGAUAAUAGUAAAGGAUAUCAUGUCAAGAAGUCAUAUACAGGCUUCAAGAACUUGAAGAAUACAACUAUAACAACAACAAUAACAAAGACACAUUCAUCUGGAGCACGCCAGGUUGAGUUGGAUGGGUCAUUGUAUAUAACAAUCAACAAUGAGCAAGCAUAUGACAGACCACAGUUGUCACGACUGAGGGUGCGUCGUGGAAGUAAUGAUGGUGUGAUGGGCAGCAUCACGACGAAUAGCCGAGGUGUCAGAGUGUAUAAUGGUGCAAGUGGAAGUGGAAGUGGAAGCAAUGGCAACAGAGGUAGUGGUAGUAGGACAUAUCACAACAAGUCAACAUCAUCAUCUUCAUCAUCAUUAUUAUCAUCAAGACGUCAAAGGCAUAUCAAUAUCAAUAUCAAUGGCAGGGGCAGAAGGUCCAACGACAGGGACGAGAAAGUAGACCAUGGAAGAGGACCGCACAAGAACAAUAUCGGUCUCAUCAAGAAGAAGAGACUGCUGUCGAGCCAGAUUGAUCACUCUCUGUUUGACCCACGUGGCAUUCGUGACUAUGGAAGCGCGAGCAAGAACGCCAAUGUGAAUGGCGAGUUGGACGACGAGGACGACGACGACUCGUGGGCAAUCCUGCGACUCAAGAACCUGCCCGACGAUGUUGUGCAGAGUGACAUUGGCCGACUGUUCACCAACUUUGGACCGCUGAAGGACUUUGAGCUGCUGGACUACGCGCGACCAAAGGAGGCCAUCGUCACAUUCCGUCGUCGUCUCGAUGCAAUGAUGGCCAAGGAGCGAUUCAACAAUACAUGGAUAGGUGACAACAAACUGGAAAUAGAACUCAUUAUGGAUGAUGAUGAUGAGGACUAUGAUGAUCAUCAUGAACAGGAUAAUGAUGACCAGGAUCAAGAUAGAAUGAAUGGCAACUAA